AUGGAUUUCCACCCCAGCGAGCUUCCAUCCGAGGGCGAUCUCUUCGAACUCGAGCGAUACUAUAAGGGCUACCACGCGGAAGAUAUAUGCUGUGUUGUCUGUGGUGCCCCAAGCUUUGUGGUGGUAGCAGAAGUGCGAAACAAGAAUCUUGAGAGGUACAAGUGGUUUGUACCGCAGGCCAUCCGAGCUGAGAAUUAUCACUACKAGAAAGAUUGGGAUAUUGCGAGCCGGCCAAAUCAUGAUCUACCGCUAGAAGUACUCGGGAUAGAUGAUAUCGAGAUCGACGGUGUGCAUUAUGGGGAGCGGUUGUUAAAAUUAGAACCCAAGCGUUAUUUGAAGCACUCGUCAAAAAUAGUCCAUGAUCUAUAUACGGAGUACCCGUAUGUAACAGUACAUUCAGAAUGCCUUGACAUGAUACGACGUCUGGUCGACUAUCGCCAGGCUCUUCUGAAAACUGGAGUGUCGGUUGGCCCAAAGCGCCCUACCACUCUCAGCCAAUUCUAUGAAGUGUUUGAACAACGAUUAACUAGGGUGCUUUCUGGUUAUCCCUAUGGACGCAACGGCUCGUUUGCGCCCCGACGUGUAGUUGAGCCACAUUUCUAUUACUUCCGGGACACCGACCUCUUUCACAAUGUCGCGUGGGCUUUUGGAGACCAGAAGGUCUAUGAAUACGAAAUGGCACCAUACCCCAUACCAGGACUCACUCAGGAGAUCCUUUCAUACCUGCGACCUCUUCCGCCGUCCUUGCAAGGACGAUCUGGUAUAUCUCUUAAACUAGAGGCACUACCCACUGAGCUCCAAGACAUGAUUUAUAAAAAUUUGCACCCUUUUAUCAACCCCGAGCAGACAUGCACUCGUUCCUUACCGUCAAGGCUGUGGCGUGACUUGCUUUUCAAUCAGCAGAUUUUACCAUGGCUUUGGGAUUUGGACAUCUCCGCCCUACAGAGCUGCCCUGUGACAUCCGAUGCGGUGGACGUUCCGACAUUUGAAGCAGAAGAAGUUUGGGAUUGGGAGCGCCUUGUUCGUACCCUUGCACAAGUGGAGGUGUUUGAACCGGGGCAACCUUUAGAGCAUGCUCUCCUCCGCCUGCGGAAUCGUCGGCGGAUCUGGAGACUACUAGAGGAGGCCGAGGAUGAAGAUAUUGAGGAGUGGCUCGAAGUUCAUGUACAUAACAGAAAAUGA